ACGACUUCCGUCGUAUUGACGUCGCCAUUUUGAAUUGAGAGUUGUCUCGUUUGGUGGAGGUAGCGCAGGCUAAGGGACUGGCCCGACCACCGGUGCAAGCACACAAGUGCUCAGACGACUCCGUGAGGUCUCGGCUGAUACUAUUGUAUGAAUACAGUGUUCUUGUUAAUUGUGCACCACCCUAUCCUGCAUUUAGUUUCUUCUGUAAGCUAGCUGUGGCAGCAAAGCAGAUGUGACAGCUAAGUGGCUAGCUUAGUUAGCUAGCUGUGGAGCAUCAGACCGGCUUUGAGGAGUGACAUCCACCGUGAGUCGGCACGCUGCGACCAGCCAGCUAUCUGCUCCGAUCAGCAUUCAUGUAGUGAGGCGAGCUGUGUAAAGCUUGUCAUCAGACAUAUUAUCAGGAGAGAUGUAUCAGCUUCCUGUGAAUAACCUUCCUAGAAUCAGAAGAGCCAGGAAGCAAGUGAAGAAAGCACUCGAAGACAUUGGAUUGGAGUACUGCAAAGAGGCUGCAGAGGAAUUCAAGGACUUUUGCCCAAACGAGCAGUUUGUUAAAAGUAGUCUUUGCCUCGAUAUCUGUGCAUGGGACCCAUCAUACUCUAAAGUACAGGAAUAUAGAUCAAAGCCAUUUUGCUGCACAGAGUGCUCAUUUUCUUCCAAAUACUACUCAGGCUACAAGAAUCACUUCCGCAAUGUGCACAGGAAAAUAUUUGACGGUAAAAUCUUGCUCAAUUGUCCAUACUGUGCAUUCACUGCAAGCAAGAGAACUUUGGAGACGCAUGUAAAAAUAUUCCACAUACCCAGUACAGUACGCCAGGGCUAUGGCACCCCACAGGGAGCUGCACUGGGAAAGAAGGACAAAGCCCAUCUUGACAGAGCUAGACAGGGAGAAGGGGUGGAGAGACCAAUGUACUUUUGCAAAAAAUGCACAUUCCGGGACACCCUCUACAACGUUGUGAGAAGGCACAUAUACAGGGAACAUUUUCAGCAUAUUGUAUCACCAUAUCUGGGUAUGGUUUCUGAUUCUUCUGUCAAAAAUGGUGCUAAUUCUGUCAACGGCAACAACAUCCUUUGUAAACGUUGCCAGUUUUCCACUCGUAGCUAUGAAGCUCUAGUACAACAUGUAAUAGAGUAUCAUGAACGCAUUGGCGCACAAGUAACCACCAUGAUUGGACAUGCUAAUAUUGUUGUGUCCAAAACCCAGUCCUUCCCUGUUUCUUCUCUGAAAACCCCUUUAGCUAUUAGCAGGGGCACAGUAUCACAGGGCCAGGCACCACAACCAGUAAUUGGCUAUUUAAAACCUGCGGCCCCGGUUGUCAAAAGUCCUUCUACCAUCACAGCCAGUAAGGUGCGUGUCACACAUCCUGGCAACAGCGCUGUGGCAGAAAAUAAUUCAGCUGGUGUAAACACAGCUCAGACACAGAAGUGGAAGAUAUGCACAGUUUGCAAUGAGCUUUUUCCUGAAAACCUGUACAGUGCACAUUUUGAGAAUGCGCACAAGGCAAAGAAAGUUUGGGCACUGGCUAAGUACAUCAUGAAAAUCCACAACUUCACCAGCAAAUGCUUGCUCUGCAACCGCUAUCUGCCUAGCGAUACACUGCUUAACCACAUGCUUAUCCAUGGGCUUACCUGUCCACAAUGCCAUGCAGCUUUCCACAGUGUUGAGAAAAUCAUGGAGCAUGUGGCCCAGACUCAUCCCAAUGACUUUGUUGGACCCCCUGGUGCAUCGCCUCUAACCUUUGAUCUCACAGUUAAACAAGAUAAGUCCAGUAAUGUACAGCUGGUUGUUCUCACUUUCAACAUGAAAGAAUCUGUCAACGGUCAAGGUGAACCUGUACCUGCUCAGAGUAGUAUGCCACCUCUGGUCAAAGUCAGCACUCCAAAAACAAUGCAGAGGAAUGAAGCAGUUGGCGCCGCAAGUUUCCCUUCACUGCCUCACAGAAGUGAGGUUGGGAAGACUUUGUGUCCGCUGUGUUUCACCAUCCUCAAAGGUCCCAUCUCUGAUGCUUUGGCCAUGCAUCUAAGGGAGCGACACCAAGUGCUUCAAACGAUGCAUCCCGUAGAAAAAAAGAUGACAUACAAGUGCAUUCAUUGCUUGGGAGUGUACACCAGUAACAUGGUUGCCUCUACAAUCACACUGCAUCUUGUGCAGUGCAGGGCUGUUGGUAGGAACCAGGCAAGCCAAAGCUUCAGGUCUACCUUGACUCUGAACUCAUCAGGAGCUGGUUUCAUCAAGAGGCAGCCACCAGUGCAGGCCACCUCCAACCCCAAGCGGUUAAAACUGAGCAAAGAGUCAAAGAUCUCAUCCACAGCGGUUGGAAAUCUAGCCGAUUCUGCUGGCCUUGCUCUGGAUCCCAGGAGCUACGAGCACAAGACAUAUGAGGCCAGGAAAAAUUUCCUGACGGCCUACUUCAACCGGCGACCAUACCUUUCAGCUCAGGAAGAGGAGAAGUUGUCUGCAAGUCUCUGGCUGUGGAAGUCUGACAUUUGUGGUCACUUUGCAACAAAGCAAAGGAUGUGUGAGAAACGAUGUCAGACAACUAAGUUGUCUGUGCUUUUAGGCUUUGACAUGCAUGCUGUCAAGAAAGUAAAGCAUGACUUAAUCUUUGAAGAGAGUUACUCUGGUCCAUCAGUAGUGACACCUGGAGGUGUAAAGUCUGGUACUCCAAACACAGACCAAAACAAGCAUUCUGACGCACUGAACUGUACCUUAAAACUCAGAACAUGCACAGAGACCAUUUCCAUAGACUCUGACAGUGAUGCAGAAACAGAAGAUAAACCAGAGAAUGACAAUGUUGCCAUCAACCAACAUGAGAAUGUAAAACCCCAGGACCCAGCAAAUCUGACAGAAGAGACGGAACCAUCGAACAAAGAAGAGCUUUCUACAGAUAAAGAGAGCGCUUUGCAAGAUGAGAAAUCGAAUGCCUGGAUGAAUUUUUGUUAGUGUCCCUGUGUGGCAGUGUGCCUUGGUUCUGAAAUAGCUCCGUUUUAUAAGUACUUAAAUCUAGCUCAAGUAAAAGAAAACGGCGUUAAAAUUAGUUAUCACACACUUUUUGAAAGGCAUGGGUCACAAAGAAGCUUCUGUUCCAGCUGCAGAACUUGUUUUCAGUGUUGAAAGAAGUGACAUUAAAUGCAUAAUAAUAUGAGAUGUAAUUAAUAUUGUAUAUACUUUUGCCAUUAUUCUUUCUUCAGGCUCUCUACACAGUCUGUCUUAUUCUCACUCUAACUUCCUAAGUUCCAUGGUUGUUUUUCUCAACUUUGAAAAGAACUGUAUUACGUUAUUUCACAUUUAGAAAGUGUAGAAUAUGCUUAUUGCUGAUGUACACGUUUUAAUAAAUGUUUGUUUAAUAAAAGCAUUUUAAGUUUUCCAUACACAAAUGACAGAGAAUGAAACGUGGGCUAUGCGCCAGUUGUGAUGAAAGUCUUUUCUUAUAAGAUAAUUACUAAACAUUAAUGAGGUUCAAUAUCUAAAUACAGCAGCAAAUUGUGAUUCUCGCCAAACCAAUAUUUAAUCUUAACAUUUAAUUCAUAAAAGAAACACAUUCCCUAUUUAAACUAGUGUUAAGUAACAUAUAUAGAUAAACUGACACGUUAAUAAUAAUGAGACGGAGAGCAAGAAGAGUAAAUGUACUUUAACGUCAUCCGAUCUGGGGCUUGUACAGGCUCGAAGGUUCUGAAUGGUGGUGGGCGUAUUGAUUCUGUGUUAUUGAUAUAUGGACAUUUACACGCAACUCAUUUGAGUAUCGAUUACUCAAAUAAAAUAUCGAUACUAAUUAAUAAAUGCGAAAUAAAA